AUGAGCAUCUUACUACCCAACAUGGCGGACUUUGAUACAAUCUAUGAGUUAGACGAAGAAGAUGAACGGGUAGUGAGUGAAGAACACCUUGUUAGAUAUUGCUCAGAGCCUGUGAUUAUGCGAGGGUCCGGGCACAUCACCGUGUUUGGAUUGAGCAACAAAUUUGACACUGAGUUUCCCUCAGUUCUCACGGGAAAGGUGUCUCCAGAGGAGUUUAAAACCAGCAUCAGCAGAGUGAACGCUUGCUUGAAGAAGACGUUGCCUGUCAAUGUGAAGUGGCUUCUUUGCGGCUGCCUGUGCUGUUGCUGUACGGUGGGCUUCAGUCUGUGGCCCGUUAUAUGCCUCAACAAGAGAGCGAGAAGAUCUAUUCAGAAGUUGUUAGAAUGGGAAAACAACCAAUUAUAUCACAAGCUGGGCCUGCACUGGAAGCUCAGCAAAAGGAAAUGUGAAAGCAGCAAUAUGAUGGAAUACGUAAUUCUUAUAGAAUUCUUACCCAAAUAUCCUAUAUUCCGACCGGACUGAGCUGAGGAGGCUGUUGGGAGACCUGCAGUGUGGCCCUUGACUCCUAUCCUUAGUGCCUUGUAUAAAUGUUGGAAUGAGGGUCUGCACCUGUGUCUCGGUGUCCCUUACAUCUCCCGGUACCUUGUACAUUACAAAUUGCAACACUGUCACUUUUCUUUAGAGCAGAUUUUGCACAUUUCCUGAUGAAGUAGAAAAAUGCUCUCUUUGUUGCACACUAAUACUUUGCUUUUGUUACAUAUAUGACAACAAGUGAUUGAAAAAAUAACACUGUUGAAAAGUGCAUUUAGCCCAAAGAGCCAUCAUCAAUUGAGUCCAUGUAUCAUAUCAUUAUUGCUUUGGGAAAACAUGUGACACCUCCUAGAGCAGGGGUGUCAAACCUACGACCCGUGGGCCGGAGCACAUUCAAUCCGUGGGUGGUUUGAGUAAAAAAAAAAAAAAA